AUGGAGGUGCUGCUGCUGCACAAAGUGACCAAGCACGCCGUCGACGUUCCGCCUGGCGAAACAUUCGGCGGCCUGAAGGUGAGGAUCGCCCCGAUUUGUGGUGUCCCUGCCGAACAUCAGAAGCUUUUGUUCCGUGGAAGAGAACGACAUGACAAGGACGUCCUUGAGGCCUGCGGUGUCAAAGCAGGCUCAAAAAUUCAUGUGGCAGAGAGCUCAGAAUUCAAGGAACAGAAAGCCAGGGCCUUAGAAGCUGAGGAACAAGCGGCAGCCUUGCGAGCAAGUGAAGAGCGCCGCCAGGAAGCGAUGAUGAAAGGGGUGUUGGACAUCAAAGGGGAGAUCGAUGCUGCACACAAGGAGUUUCAGCUCGAGAAGGGAGAAGCCGGCAGUGUAUUGCAGAAGAAGCGAUUUCUGGAGCUGCUUACACAAAAGCUCUUGCAGUUGGAUGACCUUUCAGUGACAGGUGAAGCUAGGGAACAGCGGCGGAGAGAAAUCAGUCGCAUCCAGAGAUUGUGCGAGCAGCUGGAGGAGUCAACCCCAGAGGAGGUUGACAAUUAG